CCUUUCCUAAUCUCUCCCAAACAAAUCCUCCUCACCAUUCACACGACAUUGCUUUUUAUUUGCUCGUUAUUGUUAGUUGUUGUUGUUGACGUUGAUUUUUUCAUUUCCUUUCACUUCAAGACUUCGUUUCUGAUCAACCCACUCCCUCCAUAAAUCCCCCUUACCUCUGCUUCAAUUUCUUCGUCUUCCUCUCUCAUUACGGUUUAAUCUAGUAAUUUUCUGUGCUUUUUCAACGAGAAGCUGCUGUAAUUUCUGAAGAAUCUAUGUCGACUGUUUCCAGAGAUGAAAGCGUGGUGUUGUCUUCGGAGGACGAGUCUCCGGAUGAAUCUGAGAUCGAAUUGGGGCUAGGGCUCAGCCUCGGCGUUCGUGAUUCGGCACACAAGAUUCAGAAAGUUGCGAUGCUUCAAUUUGGGAAAAUUUUAACGGCUGAGGAUUUUCCUGCGUCGAUCUCCUCUCACUCGUCUAUAUCUUCGUCGAGCUCAUCUGUUUGUUCCUCGUCGUGGCCUCGUGGAUUCAGUGUCACUAAUCGCUCGAAGAUAAAUUCUGAUUCUGCAGCAACUACUAAUGGCGGGAGAAGUAACCAGGUCGUGGGGUGGCCACCGAUCAGAGCUUCUAGGAUCAGUACCUUGGCUAACCAGGCAAAACCUCAUUCUGUAGAAGGAUUCAAGGCAGAAGCUGGCAAGAAUAAAAACAAGCAUACGGAGUCAGGGACACCUAAUGGUGUUGGUGAUAAACACAAAGCAAAUGAAAAGAGUAGGAAUUCCAGAAAUUCUUUGUACGUGAAGGUUAAUAUGGAUGGAGUUCUUAUUGGAAGAAAGGUUAACCUCAGUGCUUACAGUAGCUACGAAACCUUGGCCCAAAAAGUAGAGAACAUGUUCCUUGAUCCCACUGCACUAGCUAAUUCAACUGGAUCAAGCAUAAAGGAAAAUGACAUGGUGAGACCCUCCAGACUACUAAAUGGACUAUCCGAGUACAUGCUUACUUACGAAGAUCGGGACGGAGAUUGGAUGCUAGUUGGCGAUGUUCCAUGGGGAAUGUUUACCAACUCCGUGAAGAGGCUUAGGAUAAUGAGAGCAGCUGAGGCUAAUCAAAUUGACAAGUGAUCUGCCAGCAGGAUUGGAAACUCACCA